GAAGGAAAGUAUUCAGAUGACGUUUUCUCGAAUACACCUCUAGGGAUGUAUCCAUCGUUUACAUUGUUCAUCUCGAAACUAGAGGGACCCUUUUCUCAUCGUGACUGUUGUAAGAGAAAAAUGGAGAACGACACUGGAACUAUAGUCGACUUGUAUAUUCCGCGAAAAUGCUCUGCGAGCAAUCGCAUCAUACAUGCUAAGGAUCAUGCAUCCAUACAACUAACUUUAGCAGAUGUUGACCCAGAAACUGGACGUAUGACUGACUCUCACAAGAUGUAUGCCAUUUGUGGAGCUAUCCGUCGCAUGGGUGAAUCUGAUGAUUGUUUAGUGCGACUAACAAAGAAGGAUGGCAUUUUACCCAAAAACUUUUAAUUUAACCAGUUCAUAUUUUCAAUAAAAAAGAAAAUUUA